ACAUCAAUGAUAACUAAAAUCAUAUGAAAAUGUGUAUGACAAGGUAUAUGAACGUAAUCGUAAGAUAUAUCAUUUGCCUAUGAUAAACAUUUGGAUGGAUCCAAUCCACUUCAAUCAAGUAUGAGUGAACUACGAUAAUAUCCUUCAGUUUUAAAUUUAUAAUCGUUCCUUUAUUAAAAACGCACUAGCCAGAUUAAAAGAGACAGUUUACUAACAUACUAAGUUUAAUUUCUGGGUUAAAUGCAGAAAUUAAGGUUAAAUAGUAGGGUUGUCUUUAGGGUAAUGCUUAUAUAGGUUAUGAUGACUAAUUAAUUUUGAGAAAAUAAUUUUCUAAUUUUAAUUUGUUCACUUAUCCAUCAAGAAGAAUGGUUGUCACUGUAUGUAUGGUGUCUGACUUUUUUUAUCCAAAUAUGGGAGGUGUUGAGGAACAUAUCUAUAAUUUGUCUCAGUGUCUUAUGGAAAAGGGGUAUAAAGUAGUAGUUAUAACACACAAUUAUAGUAAUAACGUUGGAGUGCGUUAUCUUACAAACUUGUUAAAAGUGUAUUAUAUUCCUAUAAAGGUUUUUUACAAUCAGUGUGUCCUUCCAACAAUGAUCUCCAGCAUUCCUAUUAUUCGUUAUAUCUUUGUAAGAGAGCAGAUUCAAAUAGUGCAUGGUCAUUCGGCCUUUUCAGCUCUUGCACAUGAAGCAAUGCUUAUUGGAAAUUUAUUGGGUUUAAAGACUAUAUUUACAGAUCACAGUUUAUUUGGUUUUGCUGAUGCUAGUGCUGUUAUUACAAACAAAUUUCUUCAGAUAACACUUGCAGGGUGUGACCAUUGUAUUUGUGUGUCGCAUAUUGGUAAAGAAAAUACUGUUUUAAGAGCUGGAUUUGAGAAGUGUAGCCAAAGAGUUUCAGUCAUUCCAAAUGCUGUUGAUGCAAUACAUUUUAUGCCCAGACCAGAAUUAAGGUCGAAAGAUAAAAUUGUUAUUGUUGUUGUUUCAAGAUUAGUUUACAGGAAGGGUGUAGAUUUAUUGGCAAAAAUAAUGGUUGAAAUUUGUGAAAAGUACCCACAGACUGCUUUUUUGAUAGCUGGUGAUGGACCCAAAAGAUGGCUACUAGAAGAAGUAAGGGAACGAAAAGGACUUCAACACAGAAUCACUUUGGUUGGGAUGUUACAACAUUCUGAGGUUGUUCAUGUACUAAAUAGAGGUCACAUUUUUCUCAAUACAUCACUUACAGAGGCAUAUUGUAUGGCUAUAGUUGAAGCUGCAAGUUGUGGAUUAAAAGUGGUUUCCACAAAUGUAGGAGGAAUACCUGAAGUUUUACCAGAUGAUUUAAUCUACUUACGAGAACCAAAUGUUUCAUCAUUAAUUGACGGAUUGGAAAUUGCAAUAAAUGAUUUGGAAAAUGGAAAAUGCAUUUGUCCUUAUGAAUGUAAUAUGACUAUAAGAAAACUUUAUAACUGGGAAAAUAUAGCUAAAAGGACUGUUAAGGUCUAUGAUAGUGUUAUUAUAACUGGACCAACCAAGCCAAUUCAUGUUCAAUUAAAAAGGUAUUUGUCUAGCUAUGUGUGGCCCUUUUUAUUAGUUGUUUCUUUGGUCCAUUUGAUACUAAAAUUAUUAGAAAUAAUUGUACCUUGUGAUAGUAUUGAUAAAGUAAAGAACGUGUAUAAUAAAGAUUUAAAAAAGACAAACUGCACCUAAUAAAAGCUUUUUUUUCUAUACACUAAAUUACAUACAUGUAAAUGUUACUUAUUCAGUGAUUUAUUGUUUUAAAACUACGCAAAAAAUAAAUAACAACAUACUUCAACAAUUCCCAAAAUUAACUAACUAUAUCCUAGAAGCUGAAUUAAGCGUGAACUUGUACAAUAAAGUAUUUUUUAUGUACGCAACUAAUUCAGUUCGAGUUUUUCGAUGUAACUUGACAUUGAAUGGGCGACUUAACAAUAUAAUAUUUACUAAAUUAUAACAACGCAUUGUCAGUACUACACAAUUUUUUUUUUCUAUAUUCCUGAGAGUAUCUGCUACAAAAAGAAAAUGUUUUACGACUUAAGUUUGCUUGCAUAAAAAAUACAAAAGAGCAGUUAAAGUUAUUGCAUUUUUAUAUCUGCAAACACUUCCUCGUUGGCUUGUAAUUGUGUAUUUCUACCCUUUUUAUAUAAACUAGAAACUGAAUUAUCGUUUUCGAAAAUAAAUUUUACCAAUAUGCAUUAGUUGUGAAUGUAAAUGUACAUUAUAACAAAUUAUUUGAUCAUUUGAUCACAGAGUUUCACGAAGUUUUUCUCUUUUGAUGUAAAUAAAAUAAGGCGCCGUACUUACGCCUAUCAUUUGCUUUCUAAAUUAACUACACUAUAUAUACAGGUAUUUAAGCGUUUCGAUUAAUGUUAUUGAUUUUGAUGGUACAUCUUAAGAAUGCUACAUGGUAUGUGACUGCGCGGAAUGUUUUUUCCUUAAGAAAAAGAUUACUGGAAUGUUCAUUACUGUACAAUUUGUUUAUCAUAAUUGUUUCCACUAAUAGACAAAUGUAUUUAUUAGUAUUAUUGUGGUGUUUGGUCCACUAG